CUGACAAUCUGGCAUCACUGCUCUCCAGACUAAAUUGCGCAUCGUUAACCGGUUCCAUAGAUCACAUGCAACUGUAGCAGCAGCGCGACCCGCAUCACAUCGCCGCCCUUCCCACAACACGCUGAAUUGCGCAGAUUUGCUGCGCGGAGAGUUUAUCGUGUCGAAGGGUGAAUCUCGUUCGCUCCGCUUUUCUCGUCGUCUUCUUCAAACAGAACCGAGCGCGGUCCCAAGGGUUGGCCCGGCGCCCUUUUCUCGCCUGCGCUUGAUAUCAUCAGCGCCAGAAUAGCUUCAGAGCGCGUCCCGAACGGUUCGGUUCAGUCAAGUCAGUCGACCGUGUACCUCGGCUAGAUAUCGGUCAAACGAAGAUAAACAAUUCAAACGUUCAAAUAGGGGAAGAAGGGAAGAAUACGUAGUCGGUCAGCAGGAGCCGCCGGGUAGAGACGGAAAUCAGUGCAACGGGUAGUUGAUUUUAUGAAAGUGCUAUAAUUGAGGAACACACGACUCAAUUACUUCAUUUACCGUAUAUGCGCCUGCGGCGGGCGGGUUGCUUGCUGUAGUCUGUGCGAAGUAGUCUCGGGACACGAGUGCAGCCACUCAGUCGAAUCGUGGCGGCGGUGCGGUGGUUGUUCAAGAAGAGCGAGAGCAAUCAACGAUCAGUGUGGUGUCAUUUAGCUCUGCACAGCUACCGGUUCAGUCGACGGGUCCCAAUCAGUGCGGAGUUUCUUUUCCUAGAGGCCACAGCCGUCGUCUGCUCUGGGUAGCAAUAAAGUAGAUGCGAAACAGUUGAUCCGAAUUGUUUGGAUAGAUAUAGGUUAACGAUCUUGCGAGACGAGAGUGACCGACCUGCGCGGUCUGUGUGCCAAUUGAGUGCGCGAUCGCGUUGAGGGCCGUGACCACAGUUCCUAAUUGAUGCACUCGAUUUCGGCGGUUGUGGUUCGCGAAAAAAUCGAUUAGAGGAAGGCGCCACCGUCAUCGUCGAACAGCAAGCAGUUCAACGACACCCCAGAAUGUCGGCGUUGGGCGAUUUAGCGCAGCGGAGUAGGGUCAUGUAUGUCAACAACAAUCCACCGGUCGUGCCAACAGUCAUGUCCCUGGAGGAAUCUCGCCGAACACAGCGCCCCUACCGGUAUGGAAUGAUACUGCUGUGCGUGGGCGCCCUUGUCAACUGGCUCGGAUUAGCGCAGGACUACACGGAACCUAUUCGGUAUACCGGAGUGGCGUGCAUUUUGGCGGGAGCAUGCUUGAUCUGCACGGCCAUGUGCUGCUGGUUGCAUACACCAAACAGAGCAGGAUCGUCAAAUGAGAACGACGACCCGAUACAUGUAAUCAGCGCCGCAGAGGAGCGUCGCUGCGAGAAACCACCCGACUAUGACAGCGUAGCAGUGGCACCUCCCAGCUAUGAUGACGCCAUCAAGCUGGACCCAUCCGCCUUGCUACAGCACGCUUCACCAAUGGUACCUGCCAACACAACAGCUGCCAACCCUUCAGCAGCCAAUCCCAAUGAGACUACCAUCACAACCACCACCAACGCCUCUAGUACCACUCCUACCUCUAGUCCAAGCUCGUCGACAUUCAACUUCUCCAGUAUGCUGGGCCUGGCCAACCGGAACACUCCACCGGUAGCAACGGUUAUUCCUCCGGACCCAGCCAGCAUAGCCAUCGUGCACGAAAAGCCACCGCCAUACGAGGCCACCGGUCGUUCCGCAGUUCACACGCCGGCCAUCGUCGCCGCUAUUCCGAUCUAAAACUGAACCCAGAGCGAUUAUGGAUGGUUCCCAGGUAGCAAUACCAAAAUUGCUUGAAAAUGUGUAUGACCGUGUCUUCGAAUGCUUGGGGAAUCGGAAUGCGCGGCGCCGGUGUGAACGAGUUCUAUCGUUAAUCAAAGUGAUAAGUCCUCAACUGACUCCACUCCACUCCGUUGUUGCGAGUGGAACCUACAGUGACCGCAAGGCUGUGCUCAACUUGUAACUAUAUUAUAGUUUUAUAUAUUCAUUCUGAAUUGUCGUGUACUUAUACGUUAUACUACUCUAGAGCGUAAGACAAGAGACUACUUGUAUUAGGUACUAUCCCCAGAAGCCACUGAAGGAAUUGCGUGCAGAAUCGAUCCGCUGCCGGCUCCAGUAUUAGGAAGGUGAAUCCGCUGCCAAAUGUAAACAAAACAGUCAAAUUAGCACGAUAGUUUGUUGAAAAUGGCACUAACAGUGCGAAACCAGUUAUAUGCGAGUUAAUUUGUGCAAUCGAACGAAACCAAGCACACAAAAAUGUACAGAGGUAGAAUGUAAGACACACUUGAGACAUUAUGAUCCUGUAUUCAUCCGUUAGUUGGAAACGUUAUUUGUUUGAAGCCCAGGAAUGUGGUCAAGCUUGGAUGGACCUCGAGAUGGGAGUGAAGUAGGUUUGUACAGGAGAUUUGAAUUUCAGAAGACAAGUAACGUCGAGUUAUGCGAAUUUAGCUAAACAGGCUUGAGUGAUAUAAGCGAAUAUUUAACAAUAAACAUAUUGUGAUAAA